AUGAAUCUAGUUGAAAUUGGUCUCAUUGUUGCAGUUGCUAUACCAGCUCAUAUUCUUGGCGCUUUAUGGUACGGUAUACUGUUUGGUCAAGCUUGGUAUACACGCGUUUACAAGAUUCCGAAUCGUAAAAUGGAAAAUGAUAACUCUGUCUUACCUUAUCUCAUCUCGUUUACAAGUAAUGUCGUCGCGUCCUACUUGCUGUAUGUAUGGUUUGGCACACAAACAACUUAUGGCUUCGUUCCAACUCUUGCCAUUGCGUCGGUUGUAAUCAUGGCUCUUGCAGCACCUCAAUUUGCCUUCUCUCAGUGGUCUCCAAUAGUCUAUUUAAUCGAUUGUAGCCAUAGUAUUGCCUGUGUUGCAGCCAUGGCCUACAUACAUCGUUAUCUGAUUCAUCAACAGUAA